AUGAUUAUGAAAAACACGUAUCUUUAUCUUUCUACAGGACCUUGUGUGACCGGAGUGGUUGGACUUAAAAUGCCGAGAUACUGUUUAUUUGGAGACACGGUCAACACAGCCUCGAGAAUGGAAUCCAACGGACAAGCGUUGAAAAUCCACGUGAGCCCGCAAACAAAAGAAGUGCUCGACACGUUUGGCACGUUCGACUUGGAACUCAGAGGCGAAAUCGAGAUGAAGGGAAAAGGAAAAGUGACGACGUACUGGCUGUUGGGCGAGAAAACUCCAACCACCGAAACGGCACCUGUACUUCCGGUGAAACCGAUCGGAUCUUUUUCGAAAUUGCACGCCGCCAACAGCGUCGGGUCGUCGUCUACCAAGUCCGUGGCCAACAGCAUAGCCAACCACAACAAUAUCAGCGCGUCUACGCCGCUCUUGCAAGGCGACAACGGCUAA